AUGUCAGCAAACGGAGAGGUGGCGGCCACGACGGCACCAUCAUUUGAGAACUUUUCUUUCUCCUUCUCCAAACCAUCCCUUUUAUCACGCCUUAAUAUGAACGCGACAGCGGAUUCGCAGACAGAACCCUCUGCAACUGCUGGUUCUAUCCCAGCCAUUACUUCUGAUUCCAACUCCAACUCCGACUCCAGGACCAGUACACUGCCAUGUUCAGCUGCUCAUCCCGGUCAAGACAUAGGGCUCGGACUGGCCAAUGGAACUGUCAUACACGCGACUAAGUCAAGUGGAAGUGGUUUCAACCAUGACUCUGUGCCUCGCGUCGCCACCCCUACUGCUAUGGAAAUUGACAACGAAGCUCAUGAGAUCGAGGAACUGCCUUUCUCUCGUGCUUCACCCAACGACUCCCGCAUUCCAGCGUCCUAUCACAACUUGCCGGCAAAUCACUAUUUCGUCGCGCCUCCGAUCACACUCCCGUACCCUCGUUCUCCUGUACGACGUUUUUCUGAAGGGCACCCGUUACACACGCAACCGAGUUUAUUUGGAUAUCUUCCUCGAGCACCUCCUCGCUCUCCUAAGCUUGAUCCACUCGAGGUGUUGGAACUCGAAAGUGCGCGCGAACGAAAUGAAUGGGAACAAGUUCGUCAGGAUCUUGGACAAUCGAGGGUUGAGCGUCCCCCCAAUAUCGUCACCCCUCCUUCCCCUCAAUCACGUUCUAUACCUGAACCGCAGCAAACACAGGUUCAAGUCAACGAGAAUAUUAGUAACCCGCAGGCACCUGCAUCUGAUGAUGACUAUGACUCGGAUUCGUCUGAUGUCGAACUCCGCAUUUAUAAUGCCGACCCUACCGAUGAAACUUACGCUCCGGGUCAGUCCAAUUCGGUUACGAGCGUGAUGCCACCCACUCCACUGGGUGCCCGGCCACCAGUUGUUCAAUCGCAGGCUGCGGCUAGUGGAUCUGCAGCACACCGUUCCAUUAUUCAACGUCUAUCACAAGGCCCUACCACAUUAUCUCCUCCUAGUACAUCCGGAGAGACCAACCAAAUCACUGUCGAUCGGAGAGAUGGUUCACCUUGGUCGACCAACACCACUCCUGCCAAACGUAAAUUCCAAGAUGUGGAGCACAAUGUCCAAGGGCCCAAUGCCCAGAGAAAUUCCCCUAUACCACAACUCGCUUUAGAUGCGGCUAAUACACGAACCGGUGUUCCUCCACCACUCCGGGCCGAAGUCGACCGAAUUCCUGUUGCCGCAUCGAGCUCGACUGCACCCCAGACCCUGGUCAACGCCGAGGGGACAAGAGUCACUCGGGCUCUUAGCCAAUCUACGACACCUCAGCCUAUUGUUGAGCAAAGUAGCUCCUUGACUGUAACGCCAGUUGUCAAGUCGGGCAAUAUCUGUAGGUUUCACAAUAGGCCGCCCGGACGUGUGUGCGUUCGGAAAGAACAAUGCCCCGACAUUCACAUUGGUGAACUCCAACGAUCGGUUACCCCUGCCAAUUCCGCACCCACCGUCGAGCAACCCCUUUCCUCUGGUCCUCCCCCUCCACCACCUACGACCGCCCCUCCAGAAGGUACUGCUCCACUCGUCACACGCACGCCCUCCCUCGCUGAUGCACCUCUCCUGGGAACGAAUCCAUCCCCUCCCCCUGUCCCAACACGAACACCAUGCCGGUACUUUUCGCGACGUGGGGGUUGCGCACGAGGCGUCCAUUGCAAAUACUUGCACGGAUUAAAUGGCCAGACUCGAACAGGGUCAGGCGCGAGCACGUCCCAGUCCCAACCGUCAUCUCGGCAGACGGCUCCCAUGCCGCCAACAUCCACAACCUCGGCCCCAACUCCGGCUCCAACCCCGGCCGUUCCAGUAGCCAUACCAGGGCAUGCAGGACCCAAACCCUCCAAACCGGCGCCUCCGGUUCCUGCACUUGCGUCUGCAACUGCGGGAUCUUUGAUGUCUACACCGACGCUAACAGUACAACAUACGGGAACGUCGUCGCGAACUGUUCCUGCUCCAGUUCAUCCCCUACCUCCUCGACCUCCUUCACUCAUGGUCGUCCCACCAGAGUCCCCAAAAGCUCAAUCCAAGACAAAGGGAAAAGGAAAAGGAAAGGCGGCUGCGCAGGGCGGUUCGAAUCCUACGAAUGCGAACAAGUCGGGUGGGCAAGCAAAUGCAAAAGUCAAAGUAGAGCAAGAUGCUUCUGUUCCGAACACCAAGGCCGCAAAACGAAAGGCUUCGGGGUCCCAACCCCGUCCUCAUCCCCAACCUACCCGAAUCGAUACUGCGACUCGAGAAAUCAAGCAGGAAGAAGUCACCUUGUAUGAUUUGGCGGGUGACUCUCCUUCAGAGCCGAGUGGUCCAUCUAUUCUCCCACCUGAAAUUUCCCAGUCGCAGACACGAGCUGGGGCGACCCAGACGCAAUCACAGUCUGUGGCAACGCAGCAGGCGCAGGCUCAGACUCAACCAAGAGCCGAGGCGGCACAGUCCCAGCCCAGGCCUAUAGCACCUUUGCCUUCUAGAGCCGUGGCUCCGGCUACAAAGGCUCCAACACCCCCAACUGGCACCACGCUUACUCCUCUCAAUCGCCCUCCCCCUCCUCCGUACCGCCCUCCCCCUACAUCCAAUCCUAGUUCCACUGCUUUGGCUCAGGGGGUGUCUGUUCCAAAUACCACCCGUUCUGUGUCGGCUACGACGGCACCAGCUAUUCCAACCAAGCCACCUGUACCGUCUACAGCGGUUGCCCAGCCUUUGCCUGCGAGGCCCGCCCCAGAACAGAGCGUUCCGAGAGCUUUGGUCACGAACUUGUCGAAUGGUUCCACUACGAGUGCCCCGAGUGCAUCCAUGGCACCCGUUUCAAACCCGUCUGCUACCCAGGCUAGUAAUGCAUCAACAGCUCCAGCUCCCAAAGUACAUAAAACUUCAAUUCCGGUUCCUAUUCCGGUUCGAGGGGCUGGUCCCACCAAUAGACCCGCCACCCCUCCGCCUCGUCCGAACCUUCCCCCAGCUCCCCCUCGCCCGAACAUGGUUUCCCCGCCCCAAGGUCAAGCCCAGUCACAACCAAAAGGUCGAGAGCCGGCAAGGCGGGAUACUCGAAGAGAUAGUCCAGAGCCGAUACGGAGGAACAGCCGAAAGAACAGCCGGGAGCCUGAACGUCGUAGUCUAAUGACUCGCAUGAACUCGCGCAAAGCCGGGGGUGAUUCAUACCGCCCUAUGGCUCGGUCGAGGUCGCCGCCCCCAAGAAGACUGUCUCCUCUACCGCCAAGAGGUCGAUCUCCCUCGCCGGGCCCGCGGCACCGUGACUGGCGGUCCAGGUCCCGGUCCCGAUCUCGGUCUCGGUCUCGAUCCCCUGUUCGCCGACCGCUUCGUGAACGAUUUGCUGCUCGCGCCCGUUCCCGGAGCCGCUCCUGGAGUCCGGCAAGGUACUCUCUCAGUCCAAUUAGGAGCCCGAUGUACCGGAGCCCUAGGUCUUCUUCGCGUUCCUUUUCAAGGUCUAGGUCAAGAUCUCGCCCUCGUAGGCAACGCUAUGAGCCUCGUGCUGCUGCCACCACUAUUGCCGCCACUGCUCCCGUAGAUGGUUAUACUAAUGGUAGUGCUUAUUUUCCGCCCGAAAAGAAUAUUCCUCGAGCUUGGGAACCGGAGACCGGUGGUAGUCGAACUGCCCAAAAUAAAGCUCAAGAAUCGGUCCCGAGCGAUACAAUGACUACCAACCAUGAGCCAAUUAGGAGCUCAACUCCACCGCCCCGAACGGCGAUGACAGCUUUGAACGAUUACGAUAGCUUCAACCAAUCGAGGGCGAUGGAUAUCAGCCCUAUGUCUUCGCCUGCGCGAGGCUACACGGCCCGAGGGUUGGAGAACAGACUCAGUGAUUACCCUGAAUCCUCUGCUAACGAUCAUUAUACGUCCAUGGGUAACAGCCAUCCUGCGGAGCCGCGCGAGAAUCUUCUCGCUCGAAUGAAUGCCGAACCUGACCUGGCUAAUCGGCUUGCCCCCGCGGCUCCGUCGAACCGCGGACAGGUAUCUAACCGAGGUCAACCGGUUAGCAAGGCGACGAGGGCCUCGAAGCCACAGGCCCAGCAGGCACCCUUGGCGAACCGACUCGGGGGAGGGGAACCUUUUCCUAGUCAGGCUAGCCGAAGCGAUCGUCGCGAAGUCCUAGGAGGAAGGCUGAUGGGUCGUAUGACGGGACAGUAA